CAUAUAGAGCCUGGCCCCGCCCGGCCCAGCCCAGCCCAGCCCGGCCCACUCUCUUCUCACCAUUCUCCGAAUUCAGUACACACCUCACAAAACGAGUUUCUGAAACCCUAAUCAACAACACAUCUUCUUCUUCAACAAUCACUCUAAAAAUGGUGCAGACGAGAGCCAAAAGCAAGAAGUCUGCAGAAAUAAUUAGUUCCAACGAUGACCUUUUAACGGAGAUCCUUCUCCGGCUACCAGUUACCUCCAUCCUCCGCUUCAAAUCUGUCUCCAAACACUGGCAUUCGCUUUUGACUCACAGACAUUUCACCCAAAGGUAUGAUAACAUUUCUAAAUCUCCUAGUCCUGGUCUUUUUGCUUCCUAUACAUAUCAUUUAGCUCCAGAUGCAUAUGUCCCCUUUGAUGUUGAAUCCCCAAGCACUCCUCCUUUUCCUACUCUUGCUUCCUGUUUUGAUCUUCCGGGGGUCAAAAUCGUCCAGUCUUGUAAUGGCUUACUACUUUGCUCUACCAAUCGAGGGCCCAAAGGCGGCAGAGGUGCUCUUAAAUAUUACGUAUUUAAUCCCACCACCAAGCAGUUGGCACUCAUUCCACCCGUUCUUGGAGGAUGUCGUAAAACUAUAUGGUUUAUGGGUCUGGCAUUUCAUCAAACAGAUUGUCCACACUACAAACUUGUUUGUGUUCUUUCUGCUGUAGGACCUGAUGUGGAUUUGUAUCAGAUUCAAAUCUACUCGUCUGAUGCAAGGAAAUGGAAGAUAGCUAUCCAAUCAUUCCCUGCGUCGUCUAUAUUCCCCGCCCGCCCGGGGGUUUACUGGAACGGAGCUGUUUAUUGGGCCCCUUUUCCUGACAAUACCAAUUUCCUGUACUUCAAAAUGGACUCUGAACAGCUGCAAACGUUACCCUUGCCUGUUGGCUUCAUCUGUUCGUACUUUGGAGAAUCUAGAGGUCAUCUACAUUUAAUAGCAUACAAUAUUCACCAAGAAAAUAGGUUACGUUUGAAUUUGUAUGAGAUGUUGAGCCAUCAUUCCGGGUGGUUUCUCAAGUAUCAAGUACAGCUUGAUGCGCUUCCCAAUGCUUUCCCGGAUAUGAUUCGUCAUAACGGUUAUAUUUUCAAUGUCAUUGAUGUGGUUAGAGGCGAAGAAGAAGAAGAUACAUUCGUGGUGCUGAAAACUCCUAAAAAGAUUAUAAAAUGCAAUGUUCAUGACAAGAGUUUCAAACAGAUAUUUGAUUUUGGCGAGUACCCCUAUGAAAAUUUCCAUCGUUACAUUGAAACCUUGUCUUAUUUCUAAAAGACAAUUUGGUUUGUUUAAAUCGUUUUCAUUAUCAGGGUGAUUAAAUAUGCGCUUAUAGGUAGUCUUUGGUUUUAAAAUGCGCGCAUAAUGCGUGAUGCGCCCGUUGCGCUAGUAAGAGCGCAUCGCAACACCUGAUGCGUUGCGUUUACAUGAUGCGGUGAUAUUGCGACAAUUUCGCAUAAUGCGACCAUUGCAAAAUGCGCUAUGAUGCGUGCAAUAUUGUUUUUUUUUUUUUGUUUUUUAAAGAGUUUGCUAUGGGCUGGGCUGUUUGGGCGGUACAAUAGGGUUUUUUGGGCGGGAAAAUAGGUGAUAUAGGGGUAGAAACAAAAAGUAACUUUAUCAAAAAGUUGUCUGGGAACUUGUUGAUCCAUCAUUCCAUUCUGCAAUUUCAAAGAUAAUAGUCUACAAAAAGGAAACUUCUGUUGUUUGCUUCAAAGAAUGAGAUUAUCAACCGGGUAAAUGCAAAAAAAAAAAAAAAAACAGCCAUCGAUUAGAGCAGCAAAGAUCCAGAAUGAGUGACUUUCAUCAUCUCUUCUUCUUCUAAGGUUCUUCAGGUUUCAAAAAUACAAUGGCUACACCUUCAGAUUGAAACGCCAACACUUCUGCACUAAAAUCAUCUGGCGAUCCAGCGAGAAAAUAUGGAACACAAGACCCUAAAGUUCGUAAUAACAUUACUUGUAAUUUCUGUAACAAAGUGGUUAAAGGAGGAGUUUCUCGACUGAAACAACAUUUUGUAGGUGGCUUUAAGGAUGUUGUUGUUUGCCCAAAAUGUCCGGCACAUGUAAGAGAGGAGAUAAGAAAAUAUAUGCAACAGAAAGAAAUGUCUAAGGUUGAAAAUAUUAUGAACUCCACAAUUGGACUUGAUGAGUAUGAUGUUGGUGAUGAAGAUUGUGAAGAAGUUGAUGGUAGUAAUGUGACUCAACGCAAAAAAAACAAGGGUAAACGGUCCCUUGAAUCUACUUUACAAGAGAUUUAGAAAGGAAACGGGUGGGAGCUACGGGAUAAAGCAUGUAGAGAUGUAGCAAGAUGGUUCUAUGAUGCGGGCUUAUCAUUCAAUGCAGCCACAUAUGAUGGUUUUAAAACUAUGAUCGAAUCUAUUGGACAAUUUGGUCCGGGGAUGAAACCUCCGAGUAUGUAUGGACUGAGUGUUCCUUUACUUAUUGAAGAACACAAGAAAGAGUGGGCAAACAAAGGGUGCUCAAUUCUAUCCGAUGGAUGGCGAGACUCGGUUGUCCAAAAGGAUAUACUUAACUUUAUGGUUAACUCGCCAAAGGGUUCGGUGUUUCUAAGAUCUCUUGAUGUUUCAGCCGUGUCCAAAGAUGCAGCUUUAUUGUGUAGGGUUCUUGAUGCAAUGGUGGAGGAAGUUGGAGAAAUGAAUGUGAUCCGAAUUGUAACCGAUAAUGCAUCGGCUUACAAGCUUGCGGGUCAAAUGCUUGAACAAAAGAGGAAGCAUCUUUAUUGGACUCCAUGUGCGGCGCAUUGCAUAGAUCUUAUGUUGGAGGAUAUCGGGAAACAAAUUCCGAGGGUGAAGAGUUGCAUAAAGGAAGCCAUGUUUAUAAAUGGGUACAUUUAUAACUUUGUUGGUCUUGUAAACUUGAUGAGAAAGUUCACGAAUCAAAGGAACUUACAUAGACUCGCGGUUACAAGAUUUGCCACGUCCUUUAUCACCCUUCUUCAAUUUCACAAACAAAAAAAUAAUCUGUCUCAAGAAUGGAGAGAUUCUAAGUGGUUUAAGGAUGCAAAAGGCAAGAAAAUGGAGAGUAUCCUUUUACAGGAUACCUUCUCGAGGAAUAUUGUGUAUGCUCUCAAAUUAGCAAGUCCUCUUAUUAGUGUACUUAGGUUAGUUGAUGGUGAAAGAAAGCGGGCUAUGGGAUAUAUCUACGCAGCCAUGGCUAGUGCUAAAACAACCAUCGAAAAGAGUUUUAAAGAGAAAGAAGAAUUUUAUAAAGAAACUUUUGAGAUCAUAGAUCAGAGAUGGGAAUGUCAGCUUCACAAACCAUUGCAUGAUGCUGGACACUACUUAAAUCCGUCGAUUUUUUUAUGAUAAUGCAAAAGAAAUUUUAGAAAAUGAAGAAGUUAUGGGUGGCUUAUUUGACUGCAUUGUUAAGUUGUCUCAUGGAGGAGUAGAAGAACAACAAAAGGUCACCACAGAGCUUACUCGAUAUCAUCAAAACGCAGAAUGACUUUUUGGUCAAAGUCUGGCUAUCAAUCAAAGAAAAACCAAAGCUCCAGCGGAAUGGUGGGCAUUAUUUGGAUCAUCGGCUCCUAAUUUACGACGAUUUGCCAUACGAGUUCUUAGCCUAACUUGUAGUGCUACAAGUUGUGAAAGAAAUUGGGGUGAGAUUGAAGAAGAUGUUGGAGUGUUCAAUGGUGAAACGGUGCUUGGUGAUGAAGAUAGGGUGAUUAUUGAAUAGAGGAGAUAGUAGAGGCCAUUUAAGAAGGAAGUUGUGACCAAUAUCUAUAACUAAUAUCUAGAUACAGAAUUACACACUCUUAGUAUGUCUGAUUUUGACCAUUAUGGUUACUACUUGCUACUCUUUUUUGUGGUUCUAGAUAUAUUUUUGUAUGGUUGAUUGGACUAAAAAGCAUAGUUCUUAUCUUCUUAUUA